AUAUCUGCCAAUAUUGGUUUCAUAUGCAUAAUUGUGUGUGUGUGUCUGUGUUCUGUCUAUGAGUGUACAUGUAUAUUGUUUGUUUUUUGGUUUUUGAAAACUACGUUGACCUUACCAAAAGAAUCAAGAAAAUGGGUGGUGGAAAUUCCAAAGAAAUAAUCAAAGAACAGCAAGAAACAUUGGAAAAAUAUCGAAAUGAUUUUGAGGAUUUGAAAAAAUCAACAGAAAAAAGAAUUGAUGAUAUGAAUAAACAACAUGAAUCUCGAAUAACUAAAAUUACUGAACAAUUUGAAAAUACACUCAAUCAAGUUAAUGAUCGAGCUGUUUUAUUGGAUGCUAAAUUAAAACAAUCAGAAAUAGAAAAGAAGAAUUAUUCAUCACUUUUUGCAAUCACAUUAUUUAUAUUGUUGUUUUUGGGCGUUGUUUUUUAUCAGAAAACGAAAACACAUGAAAAUGACAUUCAACGAGAAAAAGAAUUAAACGAAUUUCAACGUGAAGUGAUUGUAGAAAAAUUUACAGAAAAAAUGAGUUAUUUUCAAAAAUUAUUAACCAAUAAAAUGGACGAAAAUAAACAACUGACCAAGAUAAUUGAACAUUUGCGACAAUCAAAAAGUGAAGAAAAAAAUAUUCAAUCAGUGCACGAUUCGAUUUCAAACAUCCCAAUUUCAUCAAUGAUGGGCAUGAUGUUUUUUAAUUUAAUGACCAUAAUAAUUGCCACAUUUAUUUGGCUAAUAAUAAGAAAAUUAACAGAAAAAUAAAUUUCAAUUCAAACAUUG